UUCAAGAUAUACCAACCCUCCAAAAAACAAAAACAAAACUACAUGGCUAUAGAUUUAUGCAAUAGCUUUCGUAUCCUCACCCUUUGUUUCUUAGCAUUGGGUUGGUUAUGCAAUGCAAAAAACCCCGUAAACGGCGGCGGCGGGUUUAAGGGGAUGUUCAUAUUUGGUAGCUCAAUUGUUGACAAUGGAAACAAUAAUAACAUUGUUGCUACAUUAGCCAAGGCCAAUUAUUUACCAUAUGGUAUGGAUUUUGGUACAACAACGGGCAGGUUUUCAAAUGGGAAGAACUUUGCUGAUUUUAUCGGUGAUUAUCUUAAACUUCCUUUAAUCCCCGCCUUCGCCGAUCCUCAAACCAAAGGGGAUGCAAUCCUUCAUGGUGUCAACUUUGGUUCUGGUGGUUCUGGCAUCCUUGAUGAAACUGGCCUCGUUGUGGGGAAAGUGAUCUGUUUAAAUGAUCAAAUUGGAAACUUUGAAGGGGUGACCUUACCAGAAUUAGAAAGUCAACUGAGAUGUCAAAGAACAGAGAUACUCCCUGAUUAUUUGUUUCUAGUUGCUGCUGGAAAUAAUGACUACCUUUUAAAUUACUUUUUACUUGGACAAAUGAUUCAAUCUCCCCAAUCCUUUGCUGCAAAACUCAUGUCUACUUACUCUGCUCAACUCCAGAGAUUAUACAACUUGGGAGCAAGGAAUUUUCUGCUGAUAUCAGUGUAUCCCCUAGGAUGCAGCCCAGCAAUCAGCAAAGGCAAAGGGUGUUUACAAGAUCGAAAUGCCAUUAUUACCAUAUUUUAUGAUCAAUUGAUAUCUAUGGUUAAUCAAAUCAAACCCCUAAUGCCUGGUUCUGAAAUUAUUGUUCUUAAUUCUGCUAAAAUCAUCAUGGAUAUUGUAAACAACCCAAAUUCAGCAGGUUUCACCAAUGUGAGUGACCCUUGUUGUGAAGUUUCAACAAAUGGGUUGUCAUGUAAAGAAAAUGGCAACGUUUGUGACAACAGAGAUAACUAUGUCUAUUUCGAUGGCCAACAUAACACAGAAGCUCUAAGUGCAGCCAUGGCAACAAAGGCUUAUAGUUCUUGUGACCAGUCCGAAGUGUUUCCUGAUAAUCUUCAUGAACUUGCCCGUGCUCAUCAUAUUAGGUAUUAUAAUAUGAAAUUUACGCUAUGUACUACAUCGAAAAUGGAAAAUGAGACUAUAGUACUACAAUAUGGUCAUUUUCACAAAGGUCUCUUUGGUUUCUUUGUUGAAGAUCCUCCAACCCACACGUUCACACCAAAAUUUAAUCUAGCACAAAGAAAAUCAUCAAUCAUCAUGAACAACAACAACUCCAAUUUAGCAAGCUUAGUACUAUUUUUAAUCUUCCCUUUUCUUCUCUUAACUUGUUUACCCCUAUGCAAUAGCGUUUGUAACAAAACAAACUCAAAAACAGCUGAUAUUCAAGGGAUGUUUGUGUUUGGAAGCUCAAUUAUGGAUAAUGGUAAUAACAACUUCCUUAAUACCGCAAUUAAGGCUAAUUACUUGCCUUAUGGUAUUGAUUUACCCUUUGGUAAAAAUGGAUCAAGGUUCACCAAUGGUAAAAAUUUCGCGGAUCGUGUUGGUGAUCUUGUUAAGCUUCCUCUUCUACCUGCAUUUUCGGAUCCUCGAACUAGGGGAGUUGCUAGUUUUCAUGGAGUUAAUCAUGCUUCAGCCGGUUCGGGCAUACUCGAUGUUACCGGCUCAAAUAUGGGAGUGACUAGUCUAAAUCAACAGAUUCAGAACUUUGUGGACGUUACAUUCCCCAAUUUACAAGCACAACGACCGGAAUGUUCAAACAUAGACUUGCUUCACAAUCACUUAUUUCUCUUUUCAAUUGGAUCAAAUGAUUUUUCGACAAAUUUCUUUCAAGGAGGCAGCAGAAAUGUUAGUCUUGAAUUCUUUACCGCAAAUUUGACAUCUUCUCUGGCUAGCCAACUUACGCGAUUGUACAACUUAGGAGCAAGAAAGUUUGCCUUUCUCAACAUAGGACCAUUAGGGUGCACUCCUAUGGCAAGGGCAUCCAUGCCAAACAAGGAAUGCAAUGAGGCUUUGAAUUAUGCAGCAUUUCUUUUCAAUACCCAAUUGGUUCAAAUGCUCGAUGUUAUUAGGGCCCAAAUGCCAGGUUUCCAAUCUGUGGUUGUCAAUUUUUUCCAAAUUGCCCUUGAAUUUAUACGCAACCCUUCCUUUGGAGGUUUUAGUGAUGUGAAAAAUUCAUGUUGUGAAGUUUCAGUCAAAAAUGGUGGGGGUUUAUGCAAAAGAGAUGGUAAUGUGUGUAAUAAUCGAAGCAAGUAUGUAUACUUUGAUGGUUUGCACCCAACUGAGGCACUUUAUGGAAUUGUAGCAACUCGAGCUUAUUCCUCAAACACAACUACUGAAGUUUAUCCCUUCAAUAUUCAAACUUUAGCCCAACUUUAAUUAAGCUUGAUUUUAAUUAUGUGUUGUAAAAUUAAUUAUAACAAUUAUAUAGUUGGGAAAUUAAAUAAACAUGGUUUUUAUAAAAAG